CCGUUCCUCUCUCUCUCGUCGAAGCUCGGAUUAACAGCCUUGGGCUUUCAUUCUUUGCGAUCCCGACCUACCUUUGCAGACGACUAUUACUCCGGUCUGGCACGGCGGACGUCGCGACUAAGUCGAGGCUUGGCUCGUCCCUACGGCUCGGCGCAUCCUUGGCGGUUCGAAAGUCGCUGCGCUCGGAUCACCGACUUUGCCUGACUGGCCUGCGCAGUCCUGCCGCAUCGUUCCCUUUGCUGCCGAGCGGUCGCCUCGCCGCCAGCCCCUGAGCUCCAGACAGGCGUCCCCUGACGGAAAACGCUGGCGUCCCCUGUCGAGUCCAGGUGACGCUCCACAAGCAAUCAUCCUUCAUCAUGGCCAGCGCACUGUCGGAACGCCAAAAGGAUGAGCUGCACAAGUCGAUCUUGGACUACUUCCAGACCGCUGGCUUCUCAGAGGCCUACCAGGCGCUCGAAAAGGAGGCGGGCCAGGCCGGCUUCGUCGUCGAUCCAAAGGCAAAGUAUGCCGGUCUGUUGGAGAAGAAGUGGACGAGCGUGAUCCGGCUACAGAAGAAGAUCAUGGAGCUCGAGCAGCGGAACCAGCAACUGCAGGAAGAGCUCGCGACGGCGCCCACAGCAAGGAGAGGGGCUGCCGUGACUGACUGGGUGCCGAGGAACCCGGCGAGGCACACGCUGCAGGGCCAUCGACUGCCUGUCUCGCGCGCCGUCUUUCACCCCGUCUUUAGCCAGCUCGUCAGCGUCAGCGACGACAGCACCCUCAAGGUCUGGGACUGGGAGACGGGCGAGUUUGAGAGGACGCUCAAGGCGCAUACAAAGGCGGUUCAUGAUGCCGAUUUCGACUCAAAGGGGAACCUCUUGGCAUCGUGCUCGUCGGACAUGACGAUCAAGGUGUGGGACACCAACGACGACUGGAAGAACGUCAAGACCCUCUUUGGCCACGAUCAUACAGUGUCCGCAGUCCGCUUCCUACCCGGUGAUGACUUUGUGGUUUCAGCGGGGCGAGAUCGGACGAUUAGAGUGUGGGACAUCAAGACGGGCUACUGCACAAAGACGCUGAGCGGACACUCGGACUGGGUACGAAGCGUGGUGCCGUCCGAUGAUGGCCGCCUGCUCGCCUCCUGCAGCAAUGAUCAGACGGCACGCAUCUGGGACGUUGCAAGCGGCGAGACAAAGGUCGAACUGCGGGGCCACGAUCACGUUGUUGAGACGAUCGCAUUUGCCCCUAUCAGCGCGUACGCCGCGAUUCGGGAUCUGGCAGGGAUUCAGGGUGGGACCAACACUCCUGGCCAAUUUGUCGCAACGGGCAGCAGAGACAAGGUCAUCAAGAUCUGGGACACGUCGAGUGGGCAGUGCCUCAAGACAAUGACAGGUCACGACAAUUGGAUUAGGGGCCUUGCGUGGGCGCCAAACGGGCAUGCCUUGCUGUCCUGCUCAGACGACAAGACGGUGAGAGUCUGGGACCUCAAAGCAGGCGCCAGAUGUAGCAAGACGCUCGAGGCCCACAAUCAUUUCGUGACUGGCAUCUCAUGGGCGCGAGCGAAAACAGAGGUUGGGCCACGCCCAGACGGACAAGCGAAUGGCAACUCGGCCAGCGAAGUCAAGAUCGUCAACGCUGUGGCGACGACGAGCGUCGACCUCUGCAUCCGAGUCUGGACGCCAUAA